GAUUACUAAAAUGAGUAGAAGGGGCCGGGCUUCAAUAAUUUUACAGGGCGAUUCAAGAGAAGAACGAUUGAAGAAUUUCAUCGCUUGGUUUUCAGAGGAAGAUAAAGCUAAAUGGUAUGCGGACAACUUCAUUGAUGAGAGUGAUGAUGAUUCUAUGACUUUUGAAGAACAUCUUAGUUACAGCCUUGACAUGAUAGAAUCUGAUGGUUUCGAUAUUGAGGACUAUUCAAAAGUUACCGAUGUUGGAAUGCUUGUUCGGGUUCACAACCCCCCAGAAAAACCAGCUUGUGAAGGAAUUGUAGCUGAAUUGCAAGAAUGCUCUCAUCUCGCCAUUGCCCACUAUAACAAGGAACAUAAGACACAUUUUCGUGAUGUGCAUGUGUUGAAGGCAAACUCAGAGGCUCUUUGUCCUUAUAGGUACUAUAUUACGUUUCAAGCAUUUAACCCGAAAGGCAAACAACAGACCUUGUUUCAGGCAAGAGUGAAUAUCUGUUUCCCGUUGAAGUUGGGUAGAGUCAGGCCUAUUAAGUUUGAUAAAGAGGUCGAGUUGGUUAGGAUCAAGUCUACUAAGCCCAACCCUGUUUUCCUUCGUAAACGAGCCCUCAGGCGAGGCCGAAUUUACUGACCUGUUUGAACCUGAGCUGCAUCAUCUGCUACCUGAUCAAUGUCCAUGGCACCUCUGCUUUAAGUAUGGAUCAUCUAUUGAUGAUUCUAUCGAUCUAUCCAUACGUAUAUCAGAAUAAGAUGUUGGAGCCAUAUGUUUAGUACUCCUUUAUAAUUGUUCGUUAUAUGCUGAGUAUUCACAUUUCUUUAUUCCUUUAGCAACAGUCUGUAUUUCUUCUUGUUUGCAGUAUCUCUUGCUAAAACUUUGUUAUAUAUCAAGGCCUAAAUAUCUCCCGCAAAAGAAAAGUAUUAUUGAGGAAUUAUUAGAAAAGCAUGGUGUCGUAA